GUGUCUCGAAGCAGAAUGCGCGUGAGUGUCCUGACCGUGUUCGCCCUGGCUGCGCUCGUGCGCUUUUGCCCAGGUGAGAAGAGUGCAAGGUGUGCACAGGUAAACUGCCUGGCCAACUGUCUGCCUCUACCCAUGAUGAAGGACAUGAUUAAAACUCUGAAGAGCAUCAGCAAGCCUUGGCCUAAUGACAACAGACGCCACAGAAGAUAUCUGCCAAAGUUUUAUAUAAAGAAGAUGAACAUUGCAGACAUCAACAAGAUGCUGGGAAUCUAUGAAGAUCACAUAUUCAUGAAGCUCUGGAGCCAUGACACAGAGUAUCCUGAGAAAUUCAUCCAUUACUUUUACAGACUAAGAGUCAGUGUGGAACGCUGUAAGGACCAUGGUCAAGCAGAACUCAGUCGCUAUGCAAGGAAGAAGAUCAAGCAAAUGGAAGAGGCUUUCAAAAAGCUGCAAUCAGAAGAGCUAUCACAUGCAGCAGGAGAUUUUGAGACAAUACUCCGUUGGAUCAGUCUUUACAGUGACAAAAAGAUGCCACACAGCAAAUGCCAGCAGUCAGUGGCUGUAAACUAUGACUGAGUCAGCAUAGUAACAGAUGGUAGAGGUAGGGCUGGACAAUAUGACAAAAUAUCACAUCACAAUACUGAAUUACAAUAUAAUCUUGCUCACAACCAGCCAGCAAUCAAGUAAUGUUGUGUUACUAUAUGUUGAUAAAAUAAAUGAAUAAAUCUUUAACACUUAGCAGUAGUAAAAAGAAAAAUUUAAACAUUAAGUACAAAAUACAUCACCAUUUCAGCUGCUUUUAGUCAGUUUGUAAAUAAUUUAAUUGAGAAAAUAUUUAAAAGUCGUGUUAUAUCUAAGAUACCUAUUGAUGUUAUAUUGUCAGCUUGUCCAGCUCUAGGCAGAGGCUUAUAUUUGUGCAUUAGGAACAGGGCACAGCAAACACACUGGUACCUUGUCUUGAGACUUCUGAUCACAUCACCCUUGCUUGUGUUCCUAUGAAUGUCUCAUGCAGCCAGUUGGUAAUAGUACACCAACAGGUUCCUGUUCACUUUGAACACCUGGCAGUCAGAUGGUACCAUAAGAAUGACUUCACCUACCACUGACUGAUGAGUCAAACUGUGGAGGAACCUGAGAGGACUCACAGUGACGUUUUUUUGGUCCAGUAACUUAAUCCAAUGUCUUAGUGUUGUCUGUAUACGUGGGGCAGACAAGAUGCAGCUAUUUACCUGUCUGAUCCUGCAGCUAAAUGUCAAUGUCAGUAUUUAUUGUUUAACUUAUUAUCAAAAUAAGUUAUUUUGUCUUAUGUAUUUUAUUAUACAUUGCCUGAAUAUUCAGACGAUACGUAUGUGUGACUCAUAGGAGUUUGUAUUCUUUACCUCUGAAAUAGUAAAUACCUCCUGAUGCUAUGAAUACAUGAAAUAUAUUCUAAAACUAUUUUUGCAGAAUUGCACAUUGUCUUGUGUAAAUAAACACUGAAAAGAAGAGUCAGUCUCCUCUCUCACGUCUGAGCAGAAUGCAUUUUAAGGUAGUGGUAAGC